ACUCAAGCUGCCGCAGCUCUUGCCUAGCUCUGUGUUGUGGUCUUGAUUUGGAGAGGAGAAAGAUGACAGCCAGAAAGUCUGGGUCACGACUAGAGACAGAAAUAGAGAGAUGCCGUUCAGAAGGACAAUGGGACAAGAUACCAGAACUUGUGCGACAGCUGUCUGCUAAACUAAUAUCAAACGAUGACCUAGGGGAGCUCUUGCUUGGGGAGUCCAAGCUCCAGCAGUUCCUCAAGGACAACCCCAUCAAGCAGGACGCCAGUCCCCGUGGCAACCGACCCCGUCUGGUGGAGGUCCGCAAGCACCUGACGGCUGCGCUGGACCGGGGAAACCUCAAGCAUGACUACCUUCAGGAGGCCAGUCUUCUGAUGGCUAAGCUGUGUUAUGUGGAGGGGGACUACAGAGAGGCUCUUAACCAGUACGGCCGGGUCAACAUGGAUGACCUGCAGCUGAUCGGGUCGCCAGUCUACCGCCUGUCCAUGAUCGCAGAGGCUUAUGCCACUAAAGGCCUGUGUCUAGAGAAGGUGCCUCCAGGUUCUCCAUCGCUGACCAAUAAGACGCUGGACUGCGACCAGGAGAUCAUCACCUGCUAUGAGAAGUCUGGCGACAUCGCUCUGCUGUACCUUCAAGAAGUAGAGAAGGCUCUGAGUGCAGGGAUGCAGAACCGAAGUCCAAAGCCAGGCCCAGUGUCUCAGGAGCAGGAGCUGGGCUACUUCCUGGAGACCGGCCUGCAGAGAGCACAUGUCAUCCACUUCAAAAAUGGCAACCUCACUCGGGGUGUGGGCCGCUUCAGAGAGAUUCUGCGGGCUGUGGAGACCAGGACGACCCAGAACCUACGAAUGACCAUAGCGCGUCAGCUGGCUGAGAUCCUGUUGAGGGGCAUGUGUGACCAGAGCUACUGGAGCCCUCUGGAGGAUCCCCCGCACCAAUCCCCCCUGGACGACCCCCUCAAGACCACCUCACACACCAAGGACUAUGCCCUCAGCCGCCGGCCGCGCAUCUACUCCGGAGAAAACCUCUUCUGCCCCCAGGAGAACACAGAGGAGGCUUUGCUGCUACUGUUGAUCAGUGAGUCUAUGGCUAACAGGGACGCGGUACUCAGCCGGAUUCCGGAGCACAACAACGACCGGAUCAUCAGCCUGCAGAGCGCCUCGGUGGUGUACGACCUGCUGACCAUUGCACUGGGCCGCCGCGGCCAGUACGAGAUGCUCUCCGAGUGUUUGGAGAGGGCCAUGAAGUUUGCCUUUGAGGAGUUCCACCUGUGGUACCAGCUGGCUCUCUCCCUGAUGGCUGCUGGGAAGUCGGCGAGAGCGGUGAAGGUGCUGAAGGAGUGUAUCCGCCUCAAACCGGACGACCCCACCAUCCCCUUACUGGCUGUCAAGCUGUGCAUAGGAACGUUACACUGGCUUGAUGAAGGUGAGCCGUUUGCCAAACUGGUGGUGGACAUGGGAGAGAAAGCUGCCGAAUUCAGAGCCAAAGGUUACCUGGCCCUCGGCCUGGUCUACAGCCUCAAGGCUACUGAUGCUUCGUUGCGGGGGAUGCAGGAGGAGUAUCAGAAGAAGGCCCUGAGUGCUUUUCAGAGAGCUCAGAGUUUGUCACCAACGGACCACUUGGCUGCUUUUUACCUGUCCCUACAGUUGGCUGUGUCCCGACAGAUUCCUGAGGCGCUGGGUUACGUGCGGCAGGCGCUGCAGCUGCAGGGGGACGACGUCCACUCACUGCACCUCUUGGCCCUGCUGCUGUCGGCGCAGAAGCAAAGCACUACCGAGCAGCUCAACAUCAUCGAAGAUGCAGCCCACCCUGAGUACCCUGAGAACUUUGCCCUGCUGUUUACUAAGGUGAAGCUGGAGGCCCUGUGUCGAGGGCCUGAGGACGCGCUGCUCACCUGCAAACACAUGCUGCAGAUCUGGAAAUCCUGUUACAACCUCACCAACCCCAGUGACUCAGGCCGGGGUAGCAGUCUGCUGGAUCGAGCCAUGGCAGACCGGAGGCAGCUGAAUGCCAUGACUCUGCCUGACUUCAGUGACCCUGAGACAGCCUCUGGUUCCACUUCCUCUUUCUCGAGUGCGGAGACCCCCUCUCCCCUCUUCCUCCUUCCCUCUCUCUAUCACGCUCCCCCUGCUCCUCCCUAUCUUCCCUCCCCCACUAAGAGUGACUCCACACUCAAGUCUGGCAGCGUGGCUUUCUGUGACCACGCCCCUCACCGGCGACUCUCCACCUUCAGUUCGGUGCACGCCACCUCCAUCGCCGCGUCCAGGGUGGAACAGGCUCUCUCAGAGGUUGCCUCCUCCCUCCAGAGCAGCGCCCCUAAGCAGGGGCCCCUGCACCCCUGGAUGACUUUGGCCCAGAUCUGGAUUCACGCAGCGGAGGUGUACGUUGGCAUGGGGAAGCCGGCGGAGGCCACGGCCUGCACACAGGAGGCUGCCAACCUGUUCCCCACCUCGCACCACGUGCUCUUCAUGAAGGGCCAGGUGGCCGAGCUGCGGGGCAACAUGGAGGAGGCCAAGCGCUGGUACGAGGAGGCCCUCUCCAUCAGCCCCACGCACGUCAAGUCCAUGCAGAGGCUGGGUGUGAUCCUGCACCAGCUGCAGCGCUACAGCCUGGCGGAGAAGGUGCUGCGCGACGCGGUGCAGGUGAGCAGCACGGCGCACGAGGUGUGGAAGAGCCUGGGCGAGGUGCUGCAGGCGCAGGGCAACGCCGCCGCCGCUACCGAGUGCUUCCUGACCGCGCUCGAGCUGGAGGCCAGCAGCCCCGUGCUGCCCUUCACCAUCAUCCCGCGCACACUCUGACACACACACACACACACACACACACUCAUGCAAAUACACACACAAGCACACUGACAGACAAAUGCAAAUGCACAUACACAUGUUCUGACAGACAGACACACACACACACACACACACAUUGUAUACAGUACAGGUUCAUAGUGCAACAUGCAGAAUGGUUCUACAUAAUUUGUGAUUCAUAACGCAACAUAACGCACAUACAGUUUUACAUAUGGUAUAGGUUAAUAAAACACGCACACAGCGCAUAGUACUCUCACACACACACACACUAGAUGAUACAGAUUACUGAUUCAAAACACAAUGCCCCCACAUAGCGUUUUACACAAAACACCUUGAUGACCCCACACAACAGAGUUCUUCAGAGACUGUAGUGGAGACACACAUGCAGACAGCCAUAACCUAUAGCCACAUACAAACACACACCUUCUAACCUCUCACCCUCCUGCUAGACGUAGACUCACCCAUAGUCACACACAAACGAACACACACACACACGCACACGCACACACUCUGUCAUGUACAUUGCACAUUGAUGAAGUGCCACCACACACACUCCUCCAGCAAGCACCCGAGGGCCAGUGUGUGUCCAAGCCCCCAUCCCCAAUCAGGGUUUCCCCCAUCAUGUAAUCGUCUCACUCAUUGGCUUAAUUAUUGACCGGUGCUUGACCCUCAACUCCUUGAGGUCACCCACACAGAACACACAGCAGCCAUUUCUCAAUAGCAUAUACCCUCAUAAACACUAAUAUACCUGAAUUUACCGAUACACACGCAGACACAUACUUGCAGAGAUAAAGCCAAACACAACACUCCAUGUAUGACGUCUGAAUGCUGCAAUCAGUGUCAUGGCGACCAGUCCCAUUCUCCACUGCUGUGACUGCAUGGUGUGUGUGUGUGUGUUUUGUGUGUGUAAACAGCCAACCCCUUCGCACCCUCACACACAGAUUACUAAAACACAUUCAGACACACACACACACACUCCUUGACUUUUCUGGUGUCUCCUGUUGUCCCCUGAAGUACGCAAAUUCAAGAUGGAGAGUGAGUCAGUAUAAACAGUUAUGCAAGCGUCCAAAUCAGGGAACUGGAGGUGUGUGUGUGUGUGUGUGUGUGUGUGUGUGUGUGUGGUUUUCUUUUCUGGUGGUCUGUGUGUACGUGGUGCCCAGAAUGACCUGAAUCAACUCAUUAUAGCCAACUGGGGUUACUGUGGACACACUGAAGAGUUGCCCCUUGUCUCAUUCGCCUUUUUACUGGGGUGUGUGUCAGUUAUCCCUGAUGCUGAUCAUUCUAUAUAUUUGUUUGUGUGUAUGUCUUUGUUGUUGUUUUUUUGUUUGUUAUUUGUGUGUGUGUGUGUGAGAGAGAGAGAGAGUGUGUAAAAGAAAGGUAUGUGUUCCUGAGUAUAUUUCCUGUGCUGUAAACCUGCUACUGUCAUUGAAGAGAUGUACUUUUUUUUUUUUUUUUUUUUGAAAUCCAUAGUUUACAGAAAGAGAGUAAUGGUCUUGAAAAGUCUGUGUAUAUGUUAGCCAUGUCUCUUAGCAACCCGUCCUCAUAUGGAAAACUCCUCUUAUGAAUAGGCCAUACAGAAUACCUUUAAAACAUCUUGUGUAUUACUCUGUUGUAGCUAAAAGUAAACACAAACAAAAUAUUCUUCUCUAUAAGUGUGUGUGUGUGUGUGUGUGUGUGUGUGUGUGUGUGUGUGUGUGUGUGUGUGUGUGUGUGUGUUUGUGUUUGUUUGUUUGUGUCUGUCCAAUGAUUGCAGACUUCGACCCCUUAUAGCCUCAUUUGUGUUUCUACUGCUCAUGAUGGUGGGUUGUAAAGUCCAUAGCGUGACAGUGGUGUGCUGUCUGCCUCUCCUUUGUCAAUCACGUGAAACCAAUGGUCUGUCACAAAAUGCAGUGAUGGUAGGUUUAGCGCCUCUAAAUCCAUAGUAACAAAAUCACAUAAAGUGAAUGCCAAAAAAUAUAUUGAUAUUAUUCUGUAAGCAAAUGUUUUAAAUUUUUUUCUCUGUUACAUAUAUAAGUAUAGCGUAUAUAGUUUUUUCACGUUUAUUUUGAUUUUUAAAUGCAGAUUAUUAUUUUGUGUUGAUUUGAUAGAACUGUUUUUGGUUGUUAUUUUAGAAGAUUAAAAUAUAUUUUAAAAUGGAUGAUGUUACCAUGACGAACAUGCAGUAUGUUUGUUGUGAGAGAGCUUCUACUUGAAGUUCAGGGCUGUUUGAAGAGGUUGGGAGAAAAAAAAAAAAACAUUAUGGCACUGAAGAUAAUAAUCAGUGUGUGGGGUGGGGGACAUUUUUUCCCUCCUAAAUCAUUGUCACUGUCCUUGCAUGGCCAGUACACUGAAACUUCCUUUCACUCACCCCACACACACACACACACACACACACACACAUACACACACAGCCGAGUUCAACAGCUGACCUCAGCAUCAGCAAUCACCCCACGCAAAAGCAGUGUCUGUCAUAUGAUGUCAAUACAGAAAGAAUGGAAGAGUGCAGGAUUUGUUUUGUUUGUUCUGUUCAAUAAAGAUGGAGUGAUGGUGGCAAAUGUAAGUUGAAAUAAAGAAAAGUAUCAUGGUA